AUGGCAGCACGCCGUAUCGCCAAGGAGUUAAAGGUAGUGACGGAAAAUCCCAUCCCAGGCAUCAGCACAUCCUUAAUGAAGGAGGAUGAUUUACAUCAAUGGAAAGUCGAGAUGGAAGGCCCUGCAAACACACCAUAUGCCGGCGGCUUAUUUAUCCUCAACGUCGUCCUCCCCAAAGACUAUCCUUUCAAACCACCCGUCGUCAAUUUCGUAACUCGCAUCUACCAUCCUAACGUUACCUACGAUGAGAAAGGAUCAAUUUGCGUGGAUGAGUUGAAGCAAGACAAGUGGAAGCCUAGUGGAAAGAUUACGGCUAUUCUGGGAGCCAUUAGGAACCUUUUGAUCCAGCCAAAUCCGGACGAUCCAUUAGAAAAUGCGAUUGCGGAAAAAUUGAAGACGGAUCCAGAGGGCUUUGCGAAAGAGGCAACAGAAAAUACGAAGAAGUAUGCUAUGAAGAAAUGA